AUGGAGUUUUAUGAAGAAACUGAAAACCCCGGAGAGGGAGAUAUAUGCGCAUCAGAGGGAGAACCGAUGAUUCAGAACCAAACAAUUAACUACCCCGUGGUUAUCAUAUCACGACCCAAAAAUAAUGAAGCAGGAGUGCAAAUGCCACCGAAGGUCAUAAUCCAAAUACCUGCAGUCUUCCCCUAUAAAGACAGUAAGAGGGUCCUAUGGAAUUACGCCUAUAACGUGAUGAUCUUAGGAAAAGAGAGCCUAGUUGAUGCUUCAAAAGAGGACCAAUAUAUGGGCUCUUAUACGCGUAGUGGGAGAUGCUACGAUUCAGCAAGCGAGAAAGCAGAACCCUCAAAAGGAAAAGCUAUAGUGGUCGAACAGAAGAAAGAAAAAGUGGCUAAAUCUAAACUUCUUGUUAAUGAGCCAAUUAACGAAGAGGAGGCUAAGGAGUUUUUAAAAUUUCUAAAGCACAGUGAGUACAGUGUUGUGGAACAGCUACGCAGACAACCAGCUCGUAUCUCGGUGCUGGCCUUACUCUUAAGUUCGGAAGUCCAUCGCAACACACUGAUGAAAGUUUUGAAUGAAACAUAUGUUGCCAAUGAUAUCUCCGUCAACAAGCUAGGCCGCUUGGUUAGUAACAUAAGUGUCGAUAACUUUAUCUUCUUCAAUGACGAUGAGAUACCACCUGGUGGCAUGGGGUCGACUAAAGCUUUACACAUCACCACGCGUUGUAAGGGGCAUAUGCUACCAGGAGUACUGAUUGACAAUGGAUUGGCCUUGAAUGUUCGACCAUUGUCCAUACUAAACAGAUUACAUGUAGACAACUCUCACAUGAAAGAGUGCCAGAAUAUAGUGAGGGCAUUCGAUGGCACAGGGAGAAGGGUGAUGGGCAGAAUUGAGAUACCUCUUCUAAUCAGGCCAAACACAUAUGAGGUGGAUUUCCUGGUGAUGGAUAUUAAGCCUUCAUACAACUGCUUAUUGGGGCGGCCCUGGAUACAUUCAGCUGGGGCAAUACCUUCAUCGUUGCAUCAGAAGUUGAAGUUAGUAUUAGAGGGGCGGUUGAUAACGAUAAAUGCUGAAGAGGAUAUCAUUAUAGCUGUAAGCAGUGAUGCACCCAAUUUGGAGACAGAUGACGAAGCAAUCGAAUGCUCAUUUUGGUCUUUAGAAUUUGUUAAUGCAACAUUCAUUACUGAGGGGAGCAAGAUUCUAACGCCAAAAUUAUCCAAAACUACAAGGAUGAGUCUACAGUUGAUGGUUGGAAAAGGAGCUCUAUCGAGAAGAGGACUUGGGAGACAUCUCUAA